UCUAAAAUCCGUUAACUUCAAAUUCGGGGACGAUUAUGCUGAUUGGUUCAAUACUGAUCAGUUUACGGCUAGACCAAUCAAAUCAGUUGAGGGCGGGACUUAGCUCAUGCCUCAGCGGAGCUUAUAAAUAGCACGUUCUGUUUCCUCCGCCUUAGAGCGAGAAACGAGAUUGAAAGAGGAUCAUCGUGCUGUCUUUUGUAAACACUCACGGACUAAAUUUAGCUAGAAAAUGGCUCGUACAAAGCAAACGGCUCGUAAAUCCACUGGAGGAAAGGCACCUAGGAAGCAGCUGGCUACCAAAGCAGCCAGGAAAAGUGCGCCAUCCACUGGUGGAGUGAAGAAGCCUCAUAGAUACAGGCCUGGGACUGUUGCUCUGCGUGAGAUCCGUCGUUACCAGAAGUCCACUGAGCUGCUCAUCAGGAAGCUGCCUUUCCAGCGUCUUGUCAGGGAAAUUGCUCAGGAUUUUAAGACAGAUUUACGUUUUCAGAGUGCAGCUAUUGGUGCUCUCCAGGAAGCCAGCGAGGCAUACCUGGUUGGACUGUUUGAGGACACCAACCUGUGUGCUAUCCACGCAAAGAGAGUAACGAUCAUGCCCAAGGACAUCCAGCUGGCCAGGCGCAUUAGAGGAGAGCGUGCUUAAAUGUUCUUUUUGUUUUGUUUUUAAGCUGGGUGGGUUGUUGGGGUUGAGGUUCAGACUGGUUUGAUUUUUGUAAAUCUUGAUGUAUUACCAGCACAUGUACCACAUGUGCAUGUGUCAUUUGUAGUUUUAAAGCAUGUUUUUGUACAUUAUUCAUUUCACUUGUAGUCACUGUAGACUACAGCUAGAGAUGUUUGGUUUUGUCUCACUCUUGUGUGUACUUUUUCUAUCCUGUUGGCAUGUGAUGGGGUUUCUUUUUGUGCUGUAAAUAAACUUUCUGCUACCUCA